AUGAAUGAAAAACGUGCGUCAAUUCGAAUGACAAUGCUGGAUGAACGAUAUUUUUCUGACACUGAUUUACAAGAACGUCACCAGAAAUUAGAUCAGGAUAUAAAAAAUCUUGAUUUAUCAAUGUUAGAAAUAAGUGAAGAGGAUAUAUAUGAUGAAUGGUGUGAUCCAAAAAUGCCUCGUAUAGUCCGUUUUGAAGAAGUAGCUGCUGCAGCAUAUCGUAUUAAAUAUGGUGUUCCAAAAACACCAUGUACAAGUUCACAUGUGUCAAAACUAGCUGGCAUGAGUUUGUAUUUUAAAAAAGAUUUUUUAUUACAUACAGGUAGUUUUAAAGAACGAGGUGCAAGAAAUACUUUAAUGAUUUUACCACCGGAAGAAAAAGCUCGAGGAGUAAUUGCAGCUAGUGCAGGUAAUCAUGCUUUAGCUGUUUGUUAUCAUGGUCAACAAUUGGGUAUACCUGUUGUGGUUGUUAUGCCACGACAUGCACCAAUUAUGAAAAUAAAUAAUUGCAAAUCAUUUGGAGCUGUUGUUCUUGUUAAAGGAAUCGAUUUAGCUGAAUCAAAACGAUUAGCAUUAAAAUUGGCCAAAGUAUUUGGUUUACGAUAUAUUAAUGGUUUUGAUCAUCCACAUAUUUUAGCUGGUCAAGGAAGUCUAGGUCUUGAAGUUCUUGAUCAAGUUCCAGAUGUUGAUGCUAUUAUUGUACCUACAGGUGGUGGUGGUCUUUUAGCUGGCGUUGCUGCGGCUGUGAAAGCGGUUAAUCCCCGUGUACAAAUUAUUUCAGCUGAAUCUGAACGUGCACCUGGAUUUAAAGCAGCAAUGAAAGCUGGUCGACCUGUUUUUACAGAAUGUCAUUCGACACUAGCCGAUGGUCUUGCUGUUUCUCUGGUUGGUGGAAAUGCUUAUGCAACAGCAGCACCAUUGAUUGAUAGAGUUGUUUCUGUAAGUGAAGAAUAUAUUGCUAUAGCUAUAUUACGUUUGGUUGAAAUGGAAAAAGCUGUUGUUGAAGGAGCUGGUGCUACAGGUCUAGCAGCUGUUUUACAAGGUUUAUUACCAGAAUUGAAAGGAAAAAAAGUAGUAAUACCAUUAUGUGGUGGUAAUAUCGAUACAACUGUACUUGGUCGUGUACUUGAACGUGGUCUUGUUGCUGAUAAACGUUUAUUAAAAGUCUGGUUAAUUGUUAGUGAUCGUCCGGGAUCAUUGGCACAAAUGUGCAAAUUAUUUAGUACAGCCGGUGCUAGUGUUAAAGAUAUUUAUCAUGAACGAGCUUGGCUUAAAUCGGAUAUGUUUUCAGUUCAAAUUCAAGUUGUAUUGGAAGUACGUGAUAGUGAACAUGCUGAUGAAGUAACGAAGAUCAUAUCUGAAAAUUAUGAGGAUGUUAAAUUUUAUCAAUAA